UCGCCCCGGAAGCGCUUUAGUUAGGACCCAAACAAAUCCGUAGUUAACGCAAAGCGCCAUGAUUUUGUGAAACGAGAUAAACUUGGUGCAAUAUUAUCCACCCUAACUGGAAACUGAACAGAAACAAAUGAUACUUCAAUAUUUGUGUACAUUUUGUUUAGCUUAGCUGAUCUUACUACUAGCUUUUUAGCUGCGAUGGCAGCGUCGAUUCCUCCACUGAGUUGUGCCCCUGCUUUAAGUCACAAGCAACGCAAGGCUGCCUCGAGGAAAGAACGAAGAAAACGGAAACGACAAGCAAUCGCCCAAGCCAGAGAAUGUGCUAUACAUAAUGGAGCAACUGUUGAUCCCCCUGACGACACUGAAGAUGAUGAUGAUGAUGAAGCCAGUAUUGCUGAGCAGGAAAGGCAACGGAUGCAUGAAGAGUGGUUGGAGCGCGAGCAUCUUGCACAGGAGGAGUUCAGGCUGAAGUCAGAGAGGGAGGAGGCUGCGAGGAAACGAAAGGAGGAUGAGGAGCAACGGAUAAAGGACGAAUGGGAGGCCCAGCAGAGGCGAGAACAAGAAGAAAAAGAACAGAAGCAGCAAGAGAGACGAGACAGAGAGGAGGCUGUUCAGAAAAUGUUGGAUGAAGCAGAAAAUCAGCUAAAUAAUGAAGGACCGUGGAUGAAUCCCGAGGCUCCAGUCACAGAGAAAUCCGAAAAUUUUGGUACAGAACGAGAUGCAGCCAACUGCUCUUUCUUCCUCAAGACUGGGGCCUGUCGAUUUGGGGACAGAUGUUCUCGAAAGCACGUCUAUCCGCUGACCAGCCCCACUAUGAUGCUACGGAGUAUGUUUACAACGUUUGGCAUGGAGCAGUCUCGACGCGACGACUACGAUGGGGAUGCUUGUCUGGAACACAGCGAAGAAGAAUUGCACGAGUCCUUUAUUGAGUUCUACCAUGAUGUUCUACCAGAGUUUAAGACUGUUGGAAAAGUGGUGCAGUUUAAGGUCAGCUGCAACUAUGAGCCACACUUGCGGGGGAAUGUUUACGUACAGUUUGACACUGAGGAGCAGUGCAGAGACGCCUUCAUCAAGUUCAAUGGAAGGUUUUACGCCGGCAAGCAGCUUCACUGUGAAAUAAGUCCUGUAACACGAUGGAAGAAUGCAAUAUGUGGACUCUUUGACAGAAAGAGGUGUCCCAAAGGGAAACAUUGCAAUUUUUUGCAUGUUUUCCGAAACCCCGGCAAUGAAUUCUGGGAGGCUGACAGAGACCUGCACAUAUCACCGGACCGCAGCAUCAGGGGCAGUCACUCAGAGAGACAAGGAGACAGAUCAUGGCGACACCAUCGCUGGAGCAGAAGCCCUCUGAGAUCGGAGAGAUCCCAUAGCAGACGAGACGAUGACAGACGCAGUGAGAGGAGUGGAAAGAGGAGAACGGCGGAGCACCAGAGAGAUGAAAGGCGCUCCUUUGGAUCGGUACAUUAUGACAGGGGGAGAGAUAGGUACCGAAGCAGAAGCAGGGAGAAGUCCAGGAGUAGAAGUCGAGACCGAAGUCACAGAAGGAGUAGAGAGAAAGACAGAAAGGAGAACAUUAGGAAUAAAAGCAAAGAGAGAAAUAGUUUCGAUAAAAACGGGGACAUAAGACAUACGCCGAGACGAUCAAGCAGAGAUUCAGAAAAAAAACAACCCAGAGAAAAGAGCGUUAAUGGAAGCCCGGAGAAUAAAGAAGCAAACAAGAUCCUUCCCGAAGAGGAGAACACUAAUCGACAUCGCCACCACAAACACUCGAAAAAGAGCAAGAAGAAAAGCAAGAAGAAGCGUAAGAAAAGAAGCCAUUCACCUGAUGUGAUGUCUUCGUCAGGAGAGUCAGACAAGGAACUGGAGGAAGACACUGUGGACAAACACUCAGUAAAAAGUGGAGAUAAUGUGGACCUCCUUCAGGACAACAAGGACUUAAGUGUAAGUGGUUGUACUCUACCAGUGGUACCAAGUGAUGGAUGUAUUCCAGAAGUUGAAUGUGGACUUGAAAAUGAGAGUACAAAAGGUGAUUCUUAGUGCUUUCUAGAAGACAGGUUUUUCGGACUAAUCUAAACUGACUACUGUAUAUAGUCGCGUCAAAGAACGUCUUUUCACAUCCUGCAGCAUAAGGGCAUGCCAUGUCAGCAGCUUAGUUACUUUUAACCAGUCCAUACUGGUUCGGGUGACCAUAUGAGGCAUAUUCUAAUGAUAGUUGAAGUUUUCUCAAGACACAAAAUGCAUGAAAAGUAUUCCAAAAACAGAACAACACGGGGCCCUGAUGUCAAAUCCUUCUUAAAUUUUUUAGUCACAUUUAAAAUUUUGAACCACCAUUUGUCCCCGAUUUUCAGAAACUUAUACUCUGUAAUCGUCAGAGGAUGAAUUAUGUGCUUUGGCAACACUAAUUCAAAAAGAUGUAAGGGAUUACGUCACAUACAGCAGAGUGUGCUAGCGCCGGUCAAUUUAUUGGCUAUUUUAUUACUUCCAAAAGAGAUUUCCAAAACUUGUCGGUAUUGAUGAAAUAAAGCAAGAACCUUACAUAUUUGAAAGGAGAGAACAGAUCUUAGGAGUGAGGCAAUUACAUUAUGUUCCUUGUUAUUCUGUCACAUUCUUGUUUGAACCCAAAAAAAAUCCUCACUGCUUAUCAUAAAUGAGUUAUUUCUGCAUUCCGGAUAUUACUGUAUAUCCCAGUACAGCUGCAAUAAAGACAACUGUGAUUUCAGUUUGAAGACAUUUAUUGUUAAAUAUUCUGUCAAAUGUAAGAACCAUUUGUAAACAUGGUGGUUGGUGUUGAAUAAAAAAAGUGGUUUCUUUUGCAGAAAUUAUACUUGAUUUGUUGAAAAGUGAAGAAGUUGAAGGCAAAAAAAAAAAAAGAGUCUUGUGCUGAGAUGUGAUGACGUGCUGUUAUGCUAAUUUUCCCUUGACAGGUAAAUAACAGUACCUUAA